AUGCUUCCCGGUGGAGAUGAGGCUGCAGUCAACGGCGAUGCCAAGGGAGUGACUUUUCGACAUGAACGCUACGUGAAGGAUAUCGGGGGCUGCCUCCUUAACAUUUUCGAUACAGUCGGACUCAAUGAGGGAGCUGCAGGAACGGUGUCCGCUCCUAAAGCAAUCGAAGGACUUUAUCGGCUGAUGCGUGGGCUAGACAAUGGAGUCAGCCUUCUCGUAUACGUUGUGCGAGGCCCGCGUCUCAAGAACUCCGCCCGAAAGAACUACGAGAUGUUCUACGAGAUUUUUUGCGAGAAGAAGGUCCCAAUUGUCCUCGUUAUUACUGGUUUAGAGAAUGAGGAUGAUAUGGACGGGUGGUGGAAGAGAAACGAGGCGGCAUUUUGUGAAGAGGGGAUGAGGUUUUCCGGUACCGCUUGCAUCACUGCGACUAAGGGCAAGCGCGACUCGUUCGAGGAAGAAUUCGAGGACUCGAGGGUAAAGGUCGAGAAGUUGAUUUUGAAUCAUUGUACUGAGAUGCCCUGGCUACCACCCGCGGGCAAGGGGGCAUCUUGGUUUGGCAGGUUUGUGGUGAAAAAUCGCAACGUGCUUGCCAAAAUCUUCCACCUCAAAGUUCAAGUUUUCGCAACAUCAAUUUAUCAAGCAUUGAGGUCAUGCGGGAUUGACGAUGCGCAGGCCAGGGAACUGGCUAACAAAAUCUACCUCGGCUGGGUAUUCUCCCGUGACACCACUACCUAA